CCCAUGAUACCAAAACGCCCUAAAACCCUAAAAUCGAGCAAACACCCUCGCCCAAGCCGGCCGCCCCCAAUCCCCUACUACAGGAUACAGAUUGCACACCGGGUCGGCCGGUCCAUCCAUGGCGGCGAACCAGGGCGAGGCGCAUCGGCGGGAGCCCGACCAGCGCCGCCCCAUGUGCGGCGUCUGCACCAAGCCCCUCCGCCUCUGCCUCUGCGGCUGCCUCCGCCGCCCGCCGCUCGACACCGCCGUCGGCGUCACCGUCCUGCAGCACCUCAUGGAGGCGGGCCACCCGCUCAACUCCACCCGCGUCGCCCGCCUCGGCCUCCGCAACCUCGCCGUCGCGCUCGUCGGCGACGUCAACCACCGCGCCAGCUUCCACCUCAGGACGCUCGACGCCGCCGCCGCCGCCGGCGGUGGAAAUCAUGACCGUCCCGACGGGCCCGGGGAGAUUCAGGUGCUGGAGGGCGACGGUUUUGGCGGCGGAACGGGAGGCCCUGCUGGUCCUGUGCAAUGCGAAGGUGAAACAUUAGAUUCUGCAAUAUGCUCUAAUGGAAUUUCUGGCGAAUCGGGUGGAGCAGUUAGUUGUGCAAGGCGUGAUUAUGUGACGAAGGGCAUCAAUGCUUCUAGUGAUUUGGGUGUGAAAGCUGCGAAUAUUCGAGGUUCUAGCGAUAUCGGUGGUGAAAUAUUGGAUCUUGUGGAUAUCCCUGAUAGGAUUGGCUUUGAUUUGGAUGGAGAGAUCUGUAGUGUUAAAAGCGACUUAGGUGGAGGUGAGGAAUUGGGGUUUCAGAGUAUGAAGAGGAAUGGAUAUUGCUCAGAUUCUGAAAGACUGGGCUCCUCAGCUAACCAGACAGGAAACUCCUUUGUUGAUGGUAUCCACGGUGAAAAUCAUCACAGUAUUGGCGAGGUAAAUGGUAAUCUCCCUCGUCAUUUAGUAGAAAACGCCUCAGAAUUUCAAAUGGCAACUGCCCAAAACUGCAAUGGUAUACCUAGAGAAAAUGUUGGAACUGUUGCUGCUAUUGGUCAAGACUGGACUGUGAAAAACAUGGAUAAGUGCUCUAUUACCUAUACGGAGAAGGAACUCAAGAUUGAAAUUGAGCGUGGUGUGAAGCCCAAAAUCAGAUGGUUGUCAAGAGGACCACUUGGUCAGUCAGCUGUCUCCAACGGUUUUACUGUCACGAAAAUACAAAUGAAGAAGUCAAAACAAACUGGGGAAGUUUCGGUGUUUGAGGAAUUCUCAAUCACCAUACCACCAAAGUCAGCUCUGCUAUUCCCGUGCCAGCGGGCAAUCAGCAUUGAUGCUUCAGACUGUCAGUUACAACAUUUGAUUGUGUUGGAUGGAACUUGGGCAAAGGCGCAACGUAUGUACCAUGAGAAUCCAUGGCUACAACUUCUGCCACAUGUGAAGCUAGAAUCAGAUGGUGUUAGCUUGUAUAGUGAGGUGAGGCAUGAGCCAAGGGCUGGGUGCUUGUCUACCAUUGAGAGCAUAGUUGUUGCCAUGAGGAAACUUGGAGAGGAUGCAAAGGGACUGGAUGAUCUGCUGGAUGUUUUCGAGUCAAUGAUUGCAGAUCAACGGAGAUGCAAGGAUGAGAAUUGGAAACAAAAACUCGAGUCCAAGACAUAAGGUGGCCCUGUUUUUCUUUUGUUGUCUAAUUCUAUUCAUAUGAUUUCUGGAUGCAUUUUUCUGUCCAGAUGUCAUCUAUAUCAUGAUUUUAUACUAGGGAUUUUCGUUUGCUGAAAGCAACUGUCUGAGAUAUUGUACUUUUGAACUGUCACCAUUGCUUUCAAUCAUAGUGGCAAAAGCUGACCAUUACCCUAGUUUACAAAUAUUUUGUGUUGGAUACAACCUUUUCCUUGAGUAUUGCAACACUUUCUAGUCUACAAUAUACUGAAUGAGUUCGUUAGACAUGGUCUAAUCAAGAUUUCUUCAUACCUUUGUUUGGUCAUGAUCGAUCGAAAUGGUCUGAUCUUUUUCUUGAAAUUUGGUUGAUAUAUCGUGUGUCCUACUCAACUUUUGCUCUCCAUGCCAUGGCACAUGUGUUCUUCUGUCUCGAAGCAAUAAAGCAACUAUGACUAGAAUUUUGGUUU